UGUGCGUGCAACUGUUCAAGAUGGCUCCCUCCGCCGGCUCCUGGGGGAGCGAGCAGAGCGAGCAGAGUGUCGGCGGAGAGACGUCUAGUGGGCGUGUCACUUGUGCAAAGAGACCGUCAUGAAAAGGAUGGGUCUCUCCCGGCGGAUUUUUUGCUGCGUGUUUUUUGCGGUUUCCACGGUAAAGAAAAGUUACUCAAACAUACCGAAAUUGUCGUCACAUUCGUGGCGUGUGUUGUUGCGGAGUUAAAAAGGCGUAACAUUUUACUGAGAAUUAGAUAGGUGAAUUUGCACUGUGCAAUACCACACGAGCUUCUCGGAGCGCGCAUGCGUAGAAAGGG